UAGAUUGAUAAAAUCAUCAUCAAGUGUAACUGGAAAUAGUGUCGCGGCUGUGGAUCAAUCGUAUUUUGUUAAUAACGGUUAGGUGAGGUCAUCAGGCCCAGAUUCUGAGCCGACUGCAGUUGAGAAUACCAGUCGUGGAAUAUUAGUACUCGUAUCGCCGGUUGGGUGCCCCAGUUACGAAGACAAUUUCUUCGGACUCUCCAAACGUGUGCAUGUCAGGAAUUACUGCUGGCGAAGAGCCCAUGAGUGCCAGGAGCCGCUAGUUGCACUCUAUUCAAUGGCCGCUAAAGCAGUGAAAGCUGUGAAAAAGGAGAAAGCAGCUGCAGCGGCUUUGUCCAAGACUCCAUCCCAUAGCGAGCUGAGCAUCGGCAAGCCGGAUGCUGUCACCAAGUAUGACGUGUGGCCAUACUGGAGUGAUGCAGAUAUUGCAGCAGAGAAAUGGGAUUUCUCUCCUGGAAAGACUACCAAGGAUAAGGCCAAGAGUCCAACGCCUUUCGCGGCUGUACCAUCGGGUUUGUAUGAAGAUCCACCCAGCGACCGCUUUGUCUUGCCGCCCGGGCUUGAAAAUGGGAAUGUGACAUGGAAACGACCGUCGGCGUAUUUGGCUGAUAAGGGUCCGCCAGUUGUGAUAUCACCAGACAACAUGGACACAUGUGACCUGGUUAUGCAGAACACGCACUUGCUACACGACCCGAUCCUCAGCGCGGUGAUCACUGAGCUGCAGCUGAUGUUCAAGUUAUCCCUGUGCUGCGGCAAACCCGCUGAGGCCGUGCCGUCCAAGGGCACAGGAACCCCGGCAGGACGGUCCACUGCCAAGCAGCCAGUGUCACUAGAGCCGCCGCGGUUCGGAGUGGACAACUGGCGGCCGUGGGAUCAUAUCUACCCGCGGCCCAAGGGUAGCACCACCGCUCAGUACAACCCAAGUGGAAAGUACGCCGUCAGGCUGUUCUGGCUGGGACACUGGCGCAAGGUGAUUGUGGAUGACCUACUGCCUGUGAAUGAGGACAACUUGCUACUGCUGCCCGUCACACCACUGCUGACCGAGCUGUGGCCUAUUAUACUCAGCAAGGCGCUGCUGAAGAUUGCUAGCCUAGAGUAUGCACGCUUCAAGACGGAAUUCCCGGAUCCACACUAUUUCUCCGCUAUGCACAUGCUGAGUGCUUGGUUGCCAGAGUACCCUCAAGCAUAUGACAAGUGGUGCAUCAAGCAAAACAAGGAGUGGAUCUGGGAGUUUAUCCAGCAACGGGUACCCUUCUCGGAUGAAGGUCCAUACCAGACCCCCAAUUCCACGCCUAGUCUGCAAUCUCCAGAAUCGAGCCAGGAUAGCCAGGGAGAACUUGCUGCUGAUCCUGCAAUGUCCACUGCAGCUGAUGGUGCUCUGUCACCACCCGAGGUGAAACCAGCCAAGAAUGGCAAGCCAACGACUGCACGGACUCCCAAGCCCACGGACGGCCUGGCAGCGCAGUCUUCUGUGAACACCGAGAAGGAUCCGUUUAUGAGCAGCCUCGGUCUCUUACUGAAGGAUCCCAACAAACUGGUCGUGGCCGAAAUGCCGUGGCCACCGAAGGAGAAGCGUGCCACAUCCAAGGCAGGGCGCGAGAGAUCAGUGGAAACUGUUCUCGAGCUUCUGCCCAAGCUGGGCUUGCCAGUCGGUGUUGCUCAGCGGGUGAUCAUCCUGGCAACCAGUGAUAAAGGCGUGGAGCCACCAAAGCGGGUGGACCCGAACACAUUCAAGGCCCACUUUUCUUACAUGGGCUUCAUGUCCGAUGUUGAAUGCAACGCGUUGGCCAAGCAGAUGUACUCUGACCAAUGGAACCGGGCCUACGAGUCCAUUCAGAUCUGCUUUCCAGUCGGAAUCGAGCCAAAGUCAAGCCCUUCUCACAAAGCCGAGCAAGCAGAUGGCGAAGCAACAGACUUGUCGGCUGCCUCUUGCAUUGCGUCCGGUCCGGGUGAGAAUGGAUCGCCUAAGGCUCCUCACGCGUGCGAACGCAAAGACGUUACUGGCGGACAACCAGGCCUUCAGUACAAGUGCAUCUGGAUCACGAGCAAAGUCUUCCGGCGCCUCUUCACGUGGUUCAAAGUGUACCAUCGUCCAUCAUCUUUCGGCCACAAACAGACAAUCGAUGAUUUCCAGCUACUGAGUUGUGGAAAUCCACCGGCAGCAUUUCAAGCACCUACGGCAUCUAGCAACAAAAAAGAAAGCAAGGCUGAAAAGGCAUCAAGCGCAUCCAUCGGCUCUCAGCAGCAGUCACUCCCAGUUGACACAGACGCAGGACGGACGAAGCACUACAUCUACGUCGACCAGCCAAAGCAGUCGGUGCUGUUCGUGGGUGUGUCCGCAUACCUGCCAUGGCAGUCCGUGGCCGGGCAUCCUCCGCUGCCACUUCCCUCGUUCCUGGAGCUCAUGUCCAGACCCCAGCACGAUGAUUACCGCAACGCCCUUCCGGAGCGCCGCCAGCUGGCGAGCAGUGCCGACGUAAUCGCCGCAGAGCUGGCCGUGGCGAGCAGCAAGCGUGACGUGAAGGCGGAGGCCAAGCAGCAGCGUGCACUGCGCACCGUCGUGUCCCACUUUGACUGGACCAGCAGCAAGUACACGCAGGACGAACGCGGCGCCGUCAAAGAGAUCGACAUGAGCACCACGUCCGUCGCCGCCAUGAGCCUCACUGUGCCUGCAGGCCGGCAGAUUUUCGAGAUUGAUCAUCACCAGCUCGGCAUUGCUUCUCACAUCGAUUUGUGGAUGGAUGAAGGAGUGUUCCAACUCGUGUCUGAAGCUGGACUUUGGAAACUGCUUUCACAGCCCAGCGCACGGCUUGUGGAUGCAGGUACGCUUCUCACCCAAGCAGUGGCCACAGCCCUGACCGAUUUUCCGGACGAAGCGCUGGUUGGACAGGUGUUCAGGGACUUUGGAACAAAGACGGCGGAGGGUAUCCAUCAACAGACUGAAAAGCGCUGGGUGUUCUUUUCGGCAAUCAGGAUACUGUUUCGGCUGUUGCGCGACACUGUGCCGGAGACUCUGAAGGCAACGCUGAAGGAGAAGUGCGAUGAUGACGUCAUAGCCAUCUGUCACGAGUUCAUGUUUAUGGCGCUGCCCCAUUUCAUAUCCGGUGUGUCUUCUGUGCUGGAGAUGUUGGACGAUUCACGUGUGAAUGUGGCGUCCUCGCCUGCUAAUGGGCGUGACGGUGAUAACGAGGAAGAUGUUAUAGAAACCGAAGACAAAGCCGCAGUGAAGAUCCAAGCUGUUAUCCGAGGCCACUUGGGCAGGAAGAAGGCGCGCACCUUCAAGAGAGGCCGCGAGCGCACCCAGGAGGACUAUGGCAAGGCAAAGGCGUGUGCCACGGAGCUUCUAAGUAGCGGUGAUGAGUUUGGCCAGACUUGUUGGAGGUACCUGAUGUACGAGGAGCCCAGGAUUCUGAAGGUCCUGCCGUUUGGCAAUGACGAGCGGCAGCAUGGCAUCGUGACUGAGUUCACCGGCGUGAUUCCGGACAUCAUGCCGCACACCUGGGUACCAAUGUUCAGAGAGACUUUCAUAGUCCACCAGGUGCAAAAGGUGGCAUUCUCCAUGGAGUGCAAUCUACCAAACUAUCGAUGGAAAAUGGUGGUGAUCAACAAUGACAAACCUAACGAUACGCGAGAGCCACCAGGCCAGCAGCUGAUGGAUCCUGCUGGAGGUAGCACACUGCUAGCCACGCCGCUGCCACGCAGACUGGAACCCAACAAAAAUGGUUACACGUUCAUGGCCUACGGCAGAAGUCUGAAGGACCCGGUCGUUCUGGGCAAGUACACAUUCCGCAUCCUGGCCAGUUCCUCACCCGUUCCCAGCCCAAAGAACCUGUCUCCCAGCAGUGACAUUGCCAGCAUGGCAUCUGCACCGGGUUCUCCGGCUAACGCACUGCCCACAGUGCUUAGCAUUCGGACUAUCAAGGAGCACUACUUUCCCGAGAACAAGAACUACCGGGUCUUCAGAAUGGUACUGCUUGCUCAGCGAGCUCAAACACUUUCGUUUAACCUGCUGCUCUCAAAUCGUGCAGCAGUGGUCCGUCUCGUGCUCUAUGAUGGAGAAGAGGUGGUACGAGAAGUGAUUGGCAGGAAAGGUGAAGCACAGAUCAACCUGGUGUUGCUCGAUGCCGUGCCGGUAUUGGCUGCGGAGGCUGCAAGCAUCGCUGCGGCAAAUGCAGCUGCAGCCGAGCUGGAAAAGAGAAACCAAGUGCUGGCUGGUCUCGCUGAGGAAGGUGCUGGCACCGGAUCGAAGAAGAAGGGUGACAAAAGGGGCAAGGCUGCGAAGAGCGCUGUCGCAAAGAAGACGUCCAAAGUGGCGGAUGUGAAGGGCGAUGGUGCGCAGUCAGGCUCGGCUGACAAUACCAGUAGUGCUGCUGGUACUUCGGAAACACCACCGUCGGAACAGGCCGAGCAGGCUGGGAAUGCCGAGUCUGCUGCUGCUUCGACUGAGCCAGUGUCUCAGGAGUCCACUAUGCCUUCUGUGUCCGAAACUCCGGAUGUUUCUCUUGAAGAUCAACAGAGCGGCGAAACAGCGAGCGAUACACCUGAUGCAUUCGAUGAUUAUAGUCAGGAGCAGACGACGGAUGGAUUCAAUGAGAGGCCAUUGUUAAAUGACCGUCCCUUCAGAGCUGGAGAAGCCACCUUUCUGACGGGAGCAAGGCGAGAGAACCGACGCAAGGAGACGCGCUACUCAGCGCUGCUCAAGCAAGAGAUUGACAACAUGUUCCAAGAGUUCGACGAGCCACUACAGAGACCAGAGACACAUCAGUACAUACUGGAGGCACAUAUCCUCGGUAACUCAUGGCCACUGGAGGAGAGUGCAUGGCAUGCCAGCUUCAACGUGCCGCAUCCCACUGGCAAGAACCACGGCUCACUCGGUGCAGUCCAAGACUUGAAUCCCAGCAGUGGCAAGAGCAGACCGCAAUCAUCGCGUGUUGGAGGAGAGGAACGUCGGCCUAGCGCGGCCAAGAAGAAGGGCGGCAAGAAGGAGUUGAGCCGGGCAAAGUCGGUGAUGACCGCACAGGCCGGUGUGACCGGAUCGCCAGAUGCACCAAAGGUGCCCAAGGUCAAGAUCACACCUCCCUCUGGAGGCAAAGACAAACAGCAGGCGCAGAAUUCGGGUGGGUUACGCCAGCAGCAGGGUCGAAGGCGGCCAGGCGCGGCCAGCCAAAAACUCUCACCGGCAGUGAUAGUUGAGCAAGCCUUAGUGGCGCUACAGGUACUGCAAACAAUACGCAUGUGCUACGCGUAUGCCGGUUGGGUUCGUCGUUCCAGAGUUGUGUUGGAUUUCAUCAGCGGCCAAGUGCAUUCGGAGAUGAACGUGGUUGCUGAGUUUAAACCAUCGUAUUGAAUCAGUUUUCCGUUCAAGUAGUUCUUGGAUUUACAAGUAACAGCCUCAGAACAUAAGACAGUGGUCAACACGUCCACCACCAGAGGGUGAUCCGAGAUUCCCACGUCCAUGGAACGAUCAAAGGCAUCCACCACAAGGUUGAAUCUCAACAACAUACCCACAUGCCUGUAUCAUAACUUAUCUUCAUGAUACAAACAUGUCACAGAGCUGAGCGGUAUCAUGCCACAGUUACAACAACAUUCUCUGUCACACAGUAUUUCUGUUGCUGGAGACAAGCAUCAUAAUUAUUGUGUUAAAAAAAAGACAUUUCUAUCUUCCAUCUCCAUUGCCAUAGCACCCGGUGCAGCAAGUCUAACCAUGGCCAGACCGUGCUUCAAAAAAGUUGACGUACCCACUUCCUGCACACCGGUGCAUGCAUAUCCAACUGUUAAGAGUUGAAAGCCAGGCAGUACUGUACCUGGUAUUGAAACAGUGUUCAUUUCCAGUCAAGUAUUAUUCCAUUAGGCCGGAUUUCCUGAAGUCCUGGUGCUACGGCCCUGAUCACAGCACAUUCCUGACCAUCCGACAUGAUGACAUCACGACAGAUAUCCAGACAUAGCCAAUAUGAGGAAGUUUGGGUGGUGAGCUAACCAAGCAAGCUUGAUAAAGCAAUUUAAGGAAAGAGAAGAAAUUAGCGAGCAGAUGGUUGCGUUGAGUUGUGUUUACAUUUGCAACAGGCAUUACUGUAUCUCCAUUAGCCUUCUCCUGCAGUGAGACAUACA